CUUACCUUAUCCCUUCGGUCUCACAGCUGUCGCUGCCCACUGUUCUUCCUCUCCUCUCUCCGAUGGCCUCCGCCAACGCUGUCUCCACCGCCUCCAUCUUCCGCUCCUCGCCGCGUCAGGAGUGUCUGAGGAGGAGAUGGACCCAUGGACAAGGGUCCGAUGCCCGCCGGAAGCUCGUCGUUCGAGCCAUGGCGAAAGACAUCGCCUUUGAUCAGAGCUCCAGGUCGUCUCUCCAGGCCGGCGUUGAGAAGCUAGCCAAUGCUGUUGGUGUUACUCUCGGGCCUAGAGGGAGAAAUGUCGUGUUAGAUGAGUAUGGAGCUCCAAAAGUUGUCAAUGACGGCGUAACUAUUGCCCGUGCCAUCGAGCUUGCAGAUCCAAUGGAAAAUGCAGGCGCAGCUUUGAUUCGCGAGGUUGCUAGUAAGACAAAUGACUCGGCUGGUGAUGGCACCACAACUGCAUCAGUUCUUGCACGAGAAAUCAUCAAGUUAGGUUUAUUGAGUGUUACCUCUGGUGCAAAUCCUGUGUCCAUCAAGAAGGGAAUUGAUAAGACUGUCAAUGGUCUAGUUGAAGAGCUUGAGAAGAAAGCCCGACCUGUCAAGGGACGUGCUGAUAUCAAAGCUGUUGCAACAAUCUCAGCUGGUAAUGAUGAGUUCAUAGGAACUAUGAUUGCUGAUGCAAUUGAUAAAGUUGGUCCAGAUGGUGUGCUAUCUAUUGAGUCUUCAUCCUCAUUCGAAACUACUGUCGAAGUUGAAGAAGGGAUGGAGAUUGACCGAGGCUAUAUCUCUCCGCAAUUCGUCACAAAUCCUGAGAAACUGCUCGUUGAGUUUGAAAAUGCAAAAGUUUUAGUGACUGACCAAAAGAUUUCAACAAUAAAGGAAAUUGUACCUUUAUUGGAGAAGACCACUCAAAUGAGAGCUCCUCUUCUCAUUAUUGCAGAGGAUAUCACUGGUGAGGCCCUAGCAACUUUAGUUGUGAAUAAGCUUCGGGGUAUUCUGAAUGUGGCUGCAAUCAAAGCUCCUGGAUUUGGUGAAAGAAGGAAGGCUCUUCUUCAAGAUAUUGCCAUUGUUACAGGAGCUGAAUUCCAAGCCAAAGAUCUUGGCCUGUUGAUCGAGAAUGUAUCGGUCGAACAACUUGGCACAGCAAGGAAGAUUACAAUCGCCCAGAGCUCCACCACUUUGAUUGCUGAGGCAGCAUCUAAGGAUGAAAUCCAGGCUAGAAUAGCCCAAUUAAAGAAAGAACUUGCAGAGACCGACUCAAUUUAUGAUUCUGAGAAGCUAGCGGAGAGAAUUGCCAAACUUUCUGGCGGUGUGGCAGUUGUGAAGGUAGGCGCUGCAACUGAGACAGAGCUUGAAGACCGCAAACUGAGAGUAGAGGAUGCCAAAAAUGCCACAUUUGCGGCCAUAGAGGAGGGAAUCGUUCCUGGUGGAGGCGCUGCCCUGGUUCACCUCUCCACUCUUGUGCCCGCCAUCAAAGACCAGAUCGAUGAUGCAGAUGAGCGCAUUGGAGCCGACAUUGUUCAAAAGGCACUGGUAGCUCCGGCAGCCUUGAUCGCACACAAUGCAGGCGUGGAAGGAGAGGUGGUGGUCGAGAAAAUCAAGGACAAGGAAUGGGAGAUCGGCUACAAUGCCAUGACUGACGAGUAUGAAAACUUGGUGGAAUCUGGAGUUAUCGACCCGGCCAAGGUUACAAGAUGCGGUCUGCAAAAUGCUGCGUCGGUCGCCGGAAUGGUGUUGACGACGCAGGCGAUUGUGGUGGAGAAGCCGAAGCCAAAAGCUCCCGUCGCUGAGCCAGCGGAAGGGAGCCUAAUGGUUUAAGCAUUCUUACGUAGGAACGUUUUGGGCAAUUUGGCAGAGUGAUACUUUCGAACGAUUCUAGAUGCAAAUGUUGUGCUUUCUGCAUUGAUCUGUUUUUGAUCACUAUUGUUUAGGACUCUGAUUAGAGCAGUUAUGUUUGCAAAUUCAAGCUCAUGAACUAUUAAAAAAAAACAAAGGAAGUGGUCAGAAAAUCGACAGAUUGUAUCAGUGUUUUCGUCUACGUGUUCAAUUUAA